AAAAUGGAAUGCAUAUGGGAGAAUAACAUUAAUAUUUAAGAAAGAGUUUUAGAUUUAGUUAGUGCCUAACAAAGCUUCAUUGAUAUUUAUGUGUUUAAGUAAAAACUUGUAAAUUAAACAUAAGUAUAUAAUUCACAAUGAGUAAAGAUAAAAGAGAUCUUGACUAUCCGUCAGAACUCGAGUCCCAAUUUGUGUUAAGGCUUCCCGAAGAGCCAGCUAAGGUACUUCGUGAAGUGCUUAAAACAGGAGAAAACCUUAAAAAUCGUUUGACAAUACAAAUUGAUAACGAUAUGAGACAUGGCGAAGUACGGUUCGACCACUGGCUGAUGCAUGCCAAAAUUAUGGAUUUGCCGACCAUUGUAGAAUCUCUAAAAACUAUUGAUAACAAAAGUUUCUAUAAGACCGCAGAUAUAUGCCAAAUGAUGAUAUGUAAAGAUGAACCAGAUACACCAACUGUGGAAGAAGAGUCACCAUCAAAAAAUAAAAAGAAAGAUCCAUAUAAAGUAGACAAAAAAUUCUUAUGGCCACAUGGUAUAACACCCCCUACAAAAAAUGUUCGAAAGAGACGAUUUAGAAAAACAUUAAAGAAAAAGUAUGUGGAAGCACCAGAAAUAGAAAAAGAAAUAAAAAGACUUCUACGAGCAGACAAUGAAGCCGUAAGUGUGACUUGGGAAGUCAUCAAGGAAGAAGAUGAACAUCCAAAGCCUGAACCAAGCACAUCUGCACAUACUAAGCCCGAGCGCAAGCCAAAAGCUGAAAAGAAUAAGAAAGAAACUGUUACGUCAGAGACUGUUAAUCAAAGAUCUUCAAAUGUUGAUGACAUUUUUGGUGGAGCUGUCAGUGAUAGUGAUGAUGAAAAUGCUAAUGUUGACAUGGAAGACAGCCGCUUGUCACCAUAUGAUAGCCGUUUGUCCGACAAUAACUCAAUGUAUGGAGUUGGAGAUACACUUUCAAAGAGAGACUAUCCAAUUGAGUUUGAUUCACAAAUGUUUCCAGGGCAAGGAUCAAAGAAAUCUACUGGGCGUACAAGUACUACAACAUCUGCAGUUUCCCACAGAUUAAAGAGUGGAGCUAUGUCUUCUGAAGAAGAGGUUGAUUACCAUUCACGUGACAUGUCUAAAGACAACAUGCAAUUUAGAAUUGAUCAACUAGGAGCUGAAUUAGAAGAGUUGAAACAGCGUCGUCAAAGAACUCAACAUGAAAUUGCUGGAAUGGAAAAUUUGGCUUUGCGACAAAGAUUCCAAGACAUUCUACACACACUGAAUCAAGAUAUCAUGUAUAAAGAAAUGGAGCGUCAAGGGUUAAUCACCCUCCAAACUUCAGAUGAUAUUUAAAUUAUAGUAUUAAAAUAUUUAAUCUAUUGCAUACUAGCUGUGCCCGCGACUUCGUCCAUGUGAAAUACUGUCUUCAGGUAGCAUUUUCUUUAGGCUAAUUAUUUUUCUUAA